CAAAAGUUGUUGAUCGUUGCCAAGUUGUGAUGGUUGUGUUUUGUGAAACAUGAGUCGCAGUGUGAAAGAUUUACGAGAGCUUAUCAACGUUUCUCGAUUGUCAUAUCGUGAUGACGACGAAGAAGACGAGCUGUACCACAGCAGUAGUCUAGAAUCGCUACAAGAAUUUGGUGACAUUCCUCUAGAAGGCGCGCAACCUGCUCUUCCAAAGAGACGAAACAAGGAUUUGGUUCCCUUAAGUUCAAAAGAAAAGCGCGUAAGUCCUCCCUUGAGUGCUGGAUCUUCAGGGAGGGGGUCACCAUUACCGCCUAUAGGUGCUUCGUCGACUGCCAGUCCAUCUUCUUCAGGACGAACUUCUCCUGUCCAGUCUGUUGCUCCCGCAAAUAGAGUGAUUUCAGCCAGAAGGAAAGACCUUAAGACAUCUAAACCUAAUUUUGACUCCAUUUUACUUUACAUGGACUCCACUGUGGUGGGUGAUUGGUUAACAAAAGCAAAUAGUUUGAUAAAACAGUUGACCUCUUGGUUGCAUUAUAAUGACAACUUUAUUCAAUUUGCACAUUUUUGGCUGUCUGAAAUGCCCAGAUCUAAACAAAGAGAGCUGAUAGAAAUGGAGUUUUCUAUUUUACUGGAAGAAAUUUGUUUUGCAUUUGGUGCUGGCUUAGAAGGGAGAUCAGUUUGUCGCCAAGAUAUUAGUGCUUUUGCUAGAGCUGUUUUCUGGGAGUACCAAGAAAAAUUUCACAACUCAGAAACUAAGUAUUUCUUUCUCAACAUUCUACUCUGCUUGUGCUCUGGUAGGAAAAACAAUUACCGUGCUCUUCUCUCAGAUGUUCAGUGUUCAACGUCAAACAAGCAAUUUGUACAACUUAUACUAGCAUCAAGGGCAUUUGCAAUCGUGAGUAUAUGCUCUGGGGUGCUGGAAUUUUUCAAAGCAGCGUUUGACAGAAGCGCAUAUAAAGAAGCAGCAGAUGAUUCUCUUGUCAGCAAAAGUGUUGUUGCUAUAGCAACUGAAUUUGCAUUUCAAGCUGUACGGAAAGACCUUCCAGAUGUCCUUGAUUAUUUACUAAAGAACUAUUCUCUUCAACAUUACACUCUCAAAGACAGUGGAGGGAAAAGUCUGAUUUUUGCAGCUGUACUUAGUGGCAAGGAAAACAUGCUGGGACAUCUGUUGAAGCUGGAUCCGAAAGUGAAUGUCAAUGAAAAAGCUCCUUCGGGCAACACUCCACUUCAUGCUGCAAUAAAUACUGGAAAUAUCAACAUAGUGAAGUUAUUAAUUAAUGCUGGGGCAAAUGUCAAUGCUUGGAACCCUGAGUGUGAAGGUGCAACGCCGCUUCAUCUUGCUAUAAUGAGUGGUAAGUAUUUAAGAAAUAGAAAAUAUGUACCGUGUUUCUAUUGAGUUAUAGAAAC